CCCAUGUAGAGCCAUGGCACCCAAUGCAGCUGAUGGAUACGCCAGUGAUGAUGAGUGUCCCACCCGGCCACUUCCGGAUGGCUAUGGUGCACUGGAGGGGGACCCUCCCAAGCCUGGGAGCAGCCGAAAACGUCGCGCAGAUGUCGUGCAGUACAGCAUCCAGCAGGGCCACGGCCGCCGUGGUUCCCGCCGCGAGGAGGCUGCGCGGUGCUCGGCCGAGGCGCAGCCACCACGGCGCACGGGGGCGGAGAUCCGGCCGCGGCUCAGCAUGGAGUACCACAAGGCUCUGCUGGAACUGGUGAAGAAGUCCAAAGUGACUUCGAUGAAGUCGGACUUGACCAUCCUCCGCGAGCAUCAUCGUUUCUUGUGGGAUCACGAUGACAAGGAUUCCUGGGAGUUACGCCUGGCCAGAAGGUACUACGAUCGUCUCUUCAAAGAGUAUGUGAUCUGCGACCUGACGGGCUACCGCAAGGGCCAGGUCGGCUUCCGCUGGCGUACGCAGAGCGAAGUGCUCAACGGCCGGGGGCAGUUCAGCUGUGCAAACAAGUUCUGUUCCUCGAAGGAUGACUUGAAGAGCUACGAAGUGGACUUCAAAUACUCUGAAGCGAAGUGUCAGAAGCGCGCCUUAGUGAAAGUCCGUCUCUGUCAGGAUUGUGCCUUCAAGCUCCACUAUCGACGCUUGAAGAAAGCGCGGAAGCGUGGCACACACUCCACACCCAAGGCUCCCGAGCCUGUGACCGAUGAAGAUGUGGCUGCAGAAGAGGAUGCCACAAUGGCCAGCGCGUCGCAAAGAGAGACAGCGCAAGAACAGAAGGAACCAGGCGGUCCCAGCACCGAAGAUCUCAAGAUGUUGGAGUCAUUGGCCUGGCGUCAGCCGGAUCCAGAGGUUCGCACUCGAGAGGACGACAUCGACGACUACCUUCGCGAGCUCUUCUUGUGAUAGGGAGACGUGCCGAGCAGCAUGUCCAGCUGGACCAUUCUCUAUACUUUUCCUAUAGUGGUAUUG